UCGAAAUCUUCUGAACGUUUGGCCGAGUCCUAAGUGCUUCUCAUUUGUAAAGCUUUAAGAUUAGGCGUUCUCAAUAACGCUACAAAACAAACGUGUGCUUGAAACUAAAUAUUAUGGUGUGAUCUUGUUUCUUGCUGGAUCAACAUCACAUUCAAAGCAGCCAUGACUGAGCCACCGGCUUACGGGGACAUGAAUGACUCGGAGGAGGAGGAUAACGAUUUGCAGGAGAUGGAAGAUGAGGGAGAUGAUGAUGGAGAGGAUGCUGAUGAAAAUGAUGAUGAUGAUGAAGAAGAAGAGAUAGAGGAAGAAGUGGAUGAGGAGGAAGAAAUUGAUGAUGAGUAUGGAGAACACUCUGAUUUGGGGGUCACUCCUCCUAAGAAGACCAACUCUAUGUACUCGGGCUUCAAUGACAUCAUCUCCGGGCCCAAUUCAUAUUCUAGCCAGUCAGCCACAUAUACCACAAAUAUUGGCUUGAGCUCACAUGAAGGUGAUGGACAUACAAGAAGUGCUGUCAAUGUCCAGAUGGUAGCCAAGUCUGCCACAGGAGUCGCAUCUUAUGAUGGCUCACACACCAGGGUAGAAAAUCCCUUAUUUGAUGACCUGAGCUACUACAGUGGUGACCUCAGUGAUGACGCCAGCACUGGUCCUUCUCUGCCUAGCAUCACUGAACAGGAUGUGAGCACCCACAUCAAAGGCUCCUUGUCAUUUGGCCUCCCCAAGAAACUUAUGAUGAAAACAAAACUUUCCUCUGUACGUUCCAGCCGACCAAUCUUGUUAUCUAAAACCUCUAUCAAAAAACCUGGGCCAAAGAAAAAUGUGGGACGGGGCAAUAAAUCCUUUGUUGGGGAUGGCAAGGAUCUAAGCAAUGGUGCUGAAGGUGUGGGUGAAGGUGGGUCGUGUGGAGCAUCAGGAGGACUGCUGGUGCACAGACCUGUGGUGCCCCGCAAGAAGGAGACCAUCAAUAUAGACCAUCUCAGUGAGGAACUCCAGCAAGGUUACAAGAUUGUGUCGGAGCUGAUGAGCGACUACCACCGCACCAGCAACAGCGUCUACAUGGAUGAGCUCGACCUCGACCCCGUGCGCAACAGGGAGUAUCUCGAGGUCAUCCAGAAGCCUGUGUGGCUCAAGAAAAUUCGGGAGGAGCUGCUGGGGGGGCAGUACGGCAGCCUGACGGAGGUGGUGGGUGACGUGCGCCUGAUGCUGGAGAACGCCUACCGCUUCUACGGCCCUGUGCACAGCUUCACUAAGAAGGGCUUGCGGCUCGAGCACGUCCUGGAGCAGAAGAUUGCUCUGCUGCCCAAGGAGAUGCGGGAGCUGUGCAGCCUUGAGAGCACGUCAGGCAGGCCCGUGUCGCCCAUCAAGGAGACGCACCGCAACAAGACCGCCAAGAUCUCCGUCAACGGAGACAACUUCUUCUCGCACGUGCUGCACCGCGUGAAGGGCUGCCGUGCCGCCCGUGAGAAGGAGCUCAAGAGGCGCCGCAUGGAGGGCCUGCGGCAGGCUAAGCUGGACCGCGAGCUGCAGGUCGUGUCCUGGGACCUGCAGCUCAUGGCAGACCAUCUGCAGGCCAACCACACCCCCGUCACCAACAUGUGGGAGCUGCCGAGCAUCGGGCUCUUCAUCUUCCUGACGCUGAACGUCCUCCACAUCCCUGAGGUCUCCCAGUACGAGCUGGAGCGCAUCCUGCUCCUUCCUCAGAGCUCGUCGAGCUUGGCGCUGCUGAUGACGUCACUGCUGAGCUCGCCGCUGGUGCGCCAGAAGCUCGGGGCCCAUGAGGUCCCUGCCAUGCCCUACAGCGUGUGGGCCCGCAAGCUGGCCCAGCGGGCCGCCCUCUGGUACAAGUGCUACAACAGAGAGGGUCGCGACCCCUACAAGGUGUUCGAGGUUCUGGGCAUAGAGCCGCAGUUCUGGCAGGUCUGCGGCCCCAAGAACCCGUGCGAGGCGAGGCUCUUCCACGAGCUCAGCGUCCACCAGCGCGUGUGGCUCCUGAAGUCCCUCUGCGACUACCUGCUGAGCAACCACAAGAGCAUCCUGGAGGUGCUGGAGGGCCACCCUGAGGCGGACCUGCGGGAGUAUCUGCUGGGGAGCGACCGGCGGGGGUGGCAGUACCUGCACUUCCCGCAGUUCUGCGGCCGCAGUCUGCGGGUCUACAGGCGACGCUUCCCCUCUUAUGAUCCUCACACGAUGUUCCCGACGAAGAAGGAGGACUUGGCGGCCGACGAGCGGGCCUUCACUAAGGAGCAAGUCAAGGACUUCAGGAAAAUGCUCAAGGAAUUCAAGAAGGCAGCGGCCAGUGAAGAAGUACACGCAGUUCGUGGAGGACGAGGAGGACGACCCUCCCACGGAGGAAGAUGAGGUGGCCGCCGGCGUGGUGUCCUCUGAUGACGAAGGCAACCCCCUGCCUCCCCUCAACACAACCCCCUUCUUCCCCACCUCCUCUCUCUCCACCAAGACGCGCAAGCGUAUCGGGGAGGCUGGUCCGGAGGGGACGGUGGUGGAGAACCACGGUCCAGUGGGACAGACAACGGAAACACAAGCCCCCGCCAAUUCUCUAGGAGUGGCGUCUGAAGGUCUCGGUACCGUCGGUACCGGUGCAGGUGAUACCGGCGACCGCAGCGAUGGUCCCGACAAUGCUGGUACCGGCAAUGAGGGUACCGAGGAGGGCACGCUGUCGCGGGCACAGAUGAGGAACCCGCGACUCAGGAAGCCCGGCAAGAAGAGAUGCGGGCUGCUUGUGGCAGUCACGAGAGCUCUCCUGCACCCAGCAACGGCCUCUCCCGCUCCUCUGGCGACAACGAUGCCAACACUGCCGUCAACAGUGACACCAACACUCCUGGCAACAAUGAAACUAGCUACACCCCUGGCAACAAUGACACCAACACCCCUGGCAAAAACGUUCCUAACACCACUGGCAACAACGAUACCAGCAACACCGCUGCCAAUGAUACCAGCAACACCCCUGGCAACAACGAUGCCAACACCCCUGGCAACAACGAUGGCAACAACGAUGCCAACACCCCUGGCAACAACGAUACCAGCAACACCGCUGCCAACGGUACUGGUCCGUCAGUAUCUGGCAAGAGCAGCCCGUGUGAGGCGAGUGGCAACAGCUGUUCCAGCCCCAGCGAACCUUCAGCCCCGGCAUUGUUAUCCUGUUCUUCAGAUAACAAUGGUGGCAGGAAAUUACAGGAUAACUAUAUUGUCAAUUGUACGAAUAAUCCGCCCAUUAACUCUAUUACCACACCUACAGCUGUAUGUGUUUCUGUAUCUGUUACUGCAUCUGCUACUGCAUCUGCCACUGCAUCUGCUACUGCAACUGCUAGUGCAUCUCCUACUGCAACUGCUAGUGCAUCUCCUACUGCCACUGCAACUGCUACUGUAUCUGCAUCUGCUGCUGCAUCUGCUACAUCCACUACUACAUCUACAGCUAAAUCUACCAUUUCACCAAGUGCCUCCAGCCCAAGUUGUGAUGUUUCUGACGAGAUCGUUCCCGGCCAUGAGGUGUCAGAAGUCCCAGAGAGAAAAACCAUUGAAAAUAAACCUGAAGAUGCCGGUAAUUCUUCCGAUUUGAUGAAAGAAAAUGUUUCUGUGGAGGACGGACCUUGUACCAAGUUUUCUGUGUGUGAGCCGCCUCAUAAGAAGUUGAAAACCAUGCAUGAACAAAAUCCUGAGCAAGAUUCUUGCGGUGGCUGUGAUUCUGGCAAAGAUUCUGGUGUCGAAUGUUAUCAGAAAAUGCGAUCCAAGACCAACGGUUAUAUGGAAGACAGCCUUAGUGAUAUUACCAAAAGGCCUGUACUUGCCUCGAAACCAUUUGUAAAUAAUGUCACAAACGACGUAGUGCAUGAUAGUUUAGGAGGUUCUGAUGACAUAGAUGGCGGUACAUCAAAACUUGAAGUUGUUCUUGAUGGAGAAAACGGCGGGAAGGCCUUGCAUAGUGAGGAAGUGGCUUCCAACACAGAAAUCAAAGACGAGUUUCCCACUGACGUCGAUGUUGACAUCAACAAUGUCGUCAAAUCAGAGGACGCUGUCAAACAAGAGCCAACGUCUGAUGCUGAGGGCAUGUUCGUUGGCUUCAGCUCCACCAGUCUUGAUGCAAAGUUGUCGAAUAACUGCAGUGACAGCCCCUACGUUUCUUCUGGCGUUGAUAAACUUAACCCAAGUGGUCAGUUGAACACUUCUGUAGUUUCAUCGGUGACGAAAAAUUCAAACAACAGUGAUGCACUUGAGAAUUCAACAAAACAGGUUGAAGAAUCUUGCCCUACAGAUUCUACGCCAAAGCUGACAGACCUUGCCGAUUCUAUCUGUGACCCCAAGUCGUCGAAUGCAACGGCAUUAUCAGCUCCAAACAGCAUUGAAAAGUCAACAGAUCAAACGAAUCCAGAAUCUUCAGAUCCAACCGAUAUCAAGUCCAUGGACUCAACAGGUCCAGAGUCAAAAGAUGAAAAGUUGAACGAGUCCUCACAACCCGUUGACGAUGCGCAAGCUUCAUCCGUUGUCAAACAGGAACAGGAGUCAGAGCACGACCCUUCCCCGUACCUCCCCGUGCCUGGGGAGUUUGAGUUGGUAGCCUCCAGCAUCGAAGAACUGAGGAAUCUGGUACUGGAGUUCGGGGACCUGCCGGCCAAGCCCAGCAAGACGGAACUGAAGAAAACGGACCGCAGCUCUCCUGACGAUGGAGAGACGCCCGGAGCUAGAGAUGAAUCUGAUGAAGAGGAUGAGGAGAAAGAAGUGGAAGAAGAGGAGGUGAAGAAGAGAGGCAGGAAGAGGAAAGAUCAUGAUGAAGAUGGUGACGCGGAACUAAACAGUGACGGACGAAGAAGCAAGAGAAAGAGAUUAACUGAUAAAAGUUACGUCCGUGAUAGUGAGGAUCAGGAAGAAAGUGAUGAUGAUGGCUGUGAUAAGAGAAGGAAGAGCAAGAGGUCAGCUUGUAGGAUAGAGGAUGAUGAUGACAACCAAGCAGACGGCGAUGAAAAGAAAGAUAAUGAUCACGAUGAGGAGAGCAGCAGCUGUAAGCGGCCACGUUGCGAGCAGCAGCUGCACUCUGCGCUGUGUGAGCUGCUGCUGCAGCUGCAGCCCUGGGAGGCGAAGCUGCUGCAGGCGACCAGGAAGAUGCGCAACACGCUGCGCAACGAGCUAAUAGAGUGGCAGAAAAGUCUCACCAAGGACGGGCUGCGGAAGCGGAAGCUGCGCAAGCGACGGGCUAAGAAGUCGGCCCUUCAGACGUCCUCGUUGGAGUACCCGUCUACCGUCGCGCCCUCGUCCAUCCUGCCCCCGCCCGUGCUCCAUCACGACUCCAACUCCAACGACUCCAACUCCAACCAAGCCUCCACGUUCGCCGUGUCGUCGAGGGGCCGAGUUCGUAGGGUGAAGAAGAUAGUCAACUACGACCAGCUGGACUUCGACCACCUGGCACAGGUGGCAGAGAAGGAAGCUCUUGCCGAGAAAGAGGAGAGAAGGAGAAGGAAACUUUUGCCCGAACACGAAGCGGGAGGAGGAGACGAGGAAGAGUUAGAGGAAGGAGCAGGAAAUAAGAGUUCAACGCCCUCCGUUAAUGGGACCUUCACGCUGCCCGCCCUCAAAACUACCUCUGCCAAGAGCUAUUCUGGCAGCAAGCCUGUGCUCACCAACAUAGCGGACCCCAACAUCAAGAGGUAUCUUCUGUCACCCACUGGGGAGGUCAUAGGCUUCAUUGAUCAUAACGGUAAGGUGCAGAGAGGCUCCGUUCACGCCACUAUCAAGCCCAAGCUUGUCGCCGCCUCUACCAAUAACAACAACAAUGUUAAACAAGAAGCAACGAGCACCACUACCACAACUGUACCAACGGUUGUAGUGUCAGCGUUCAACCAAGAUCGGCAACCUGUGUUGGUGAGAGUGGUAGGGGAACAAGCCCUUCAGCUCAUGCGCUACAUGAAGCCUGACUCUAAGUUCCCCAUGGCGGAGAUCAAACUCCAACACUACGGGCAGAUCUACACGGUCAGGCCUGACGUUGAGGUUGUUACGAAGGGCAUCCCUGGCGUCGUGGACUCUAACGUUCCCCCCACUCCCCCUUCGACAUCGGUUGCAGUGUCCCCAAGACCUCCCCAGUCUACGGACUCUUCCCCAAUUUCAAGUCCUAUUGGGGUCGGCAGAGGUAGACAGAUUGUUGCUAAAACAACAACGAUCCGUCCACUGACGCCCAGGAAACAGGAUUUGUCAUCACCCCUUGCAGCAGGAACAGCCUCGUCCCUUGGCGCAAUUGCAUCACCUCAUGAGGAGACUGGGGCGUCCAGUUCAGGGAGCGUCCCCAACACUGUGGCUUUAGCAUAUCGUGGGCUACCGAGUCAGCAGCAGCUGCGCACUCCAACCCCCGCUGGUGGGAGGGUCGUGUCCUCUGCUUUAGGAGUCCCGCCCUCUGUAGGUGGGGGCAGCACGUCCACUGGGUCUGGCAUACCGGGGAUUAACACGUCCCUGGGAGAAGCAGCCUCGCUCCGCUCGGACACCAUCAUCGUGACGGCGACCCCAUCCCUCGUCCCCGCCGUAGCCCCCAUCGUCGCCUCCUCCCGAGCCACAACUGGCGUCGUCUUGUCCCCUCUUCGGCAGCAAAGGAUCGUCUCAGCGACCCCCGUUACCCCCGCGGGGUACAAGAUGACCCCCAUGGGGAGCACAGGCCAACGGAUCGUUUGUGUGCAGCAACAACAACAGCCACAACAACAAUCACCACAACAGCCCCAGCAACAACAAUCCCCGAACAACAGCAUCGUGCAGCUUCAAAGUGCCAGCGGCAAACAGGUUCAACUUCGGGUUGGGAACAACCCCGUGGUGGCCAACUUGCUUCAAAAGAACGGCGGACGCAUGGUGGCCGUGCCCAAUGGCCAGGGCGGCUACACGCUGUCCAUCUCAGCGGACAACAGCAACAACAUCCAGCCGAGCAUCGCCAACAUCAUCGAUCAGCUGCAAAGCAACCCUAGCAACCCGAGCAACCUCGUCGGCGCCACGACCGUCAGCAACAAGGUUGAGCUCAGUGGGGUCAAUCAGCAGCCACAGAUGGUGGUUGUAGCCGCCGGUGGGGGAGCAACUAACCCCAUUAUAGCCUCCCCAGGAUCAGGGGUGUCACCGCAGCACGCUACCCCCUUGGGGACGACAACUCCUGCUAAACCUGGCGUCCAGAGGACGGAGAUCGUCCAGACGGCGUCUGGGCAGCAGAUUUUGUUGGGUCCUGGGCAGCAGCUGGUGCGGUUACCCAGUGGGCAGCUAGCCAUCCGUCAGCUGCAGCUGGUGCAGCAACAUGCUUCACCAGCUGCGAUCACCGACAACAAGUUAUCUCCUGUCAUCAACACUCAGCCGCCGCAGCUGGUGCAACAAGUAAUACAAGGUGGGCAGCUGGUGCAGCAGAUAAUCGGCGGACAGGUGGUGCAAUCAGUGCUGCAACCAGCCGCUGGGGGCGCCCAGCAGCUGGUGCAACAGAGAUUACCGCAGUCGUCCAGCGCCCUGCCGCAGAAGGUGACUCAGCUGGUUCUCCAGCCGAGUGGUCAGCAACAGCAGCCACAACAGCUGGUGCUCCAGCAAGGUGGUCAACAGCAACAGCAGCUGGUACUUCAGCAAGGUAGUCAACCGCAGCCACAACAGCUGGUCCUGCAACAAGGUGGUGGUCAACCACAGCAGCAACAGCUGGUGUUUCUACAGCAGCGUCCAUCGAACGUAAUCACCGUGCAGCCGCAAGGGCAGGGACAACCUACACAAACGAUCAGGUUUGUCACUCCUCAACAACAACAACAAACAACGCCGCAGCGACAGAACAUCGUCAGCCCUGCUCAACAACAGCAACAAAUAACCCAAUCAUCGCCGCAACAACAACAACAGCCACAGAUUGUUGUCUACUCUUCUCCCAACCAACAACAACAACAACAACUGCAUCGUCACCAAGAACAGCAGGAACAACAAAAACAGCAUCAGGAACAACAGGUUCAGAAGCAGCAGCAAAAGCAACAACAGGUUCAGCUGCCUCAACAGGUGCAACAGCAGCCGACGGUGCAGACGGCUCGCCUGGUGUUGGUGCAGACGUCGCAGGGGCAGCGCUACGCCCUGCAGCAUCCUGACAACACCCUGACCCUGCUGUCCCCCCAGCAGGUGGCUAGCCUCACCAAGCAGGACCGGUAGUCGGACCCGACCCUGCUGUCCCCCCAGCAGGUGGCCAGCCUCACCAAGCACCUGCCGUAGGAACAGGUAGUGCCUUGCCAGACCUGUAGCCUACUGGUACCACAACCUGUUCUUUCUAAAUCUGGUGUCCGAACCUGCCUCACAUUCUACUCGGUUAAAUUAGACAGCAGUCAAGCCGUAGCCUGUAAGGCGACCUAAUCUGAAACACACUAAGGAUUAACCCUGCCGAGAGGGGGAGGGGGUUGAACCUCUUAAGGGUCAUUAACCCCGAUAGCAACCGCUUCUACGUCCCCAUCAGCGCAGUCGAGUCCAGGUUAUCCCCACGACAUCCCCGUUCCCGAGGGCGUUAGGGUUAAGUGGUGACAAAUUGUUAUUUGUUUUGGUUUAUAGUUGCUGUAUAAAGAAAAUUGUACAUAGAAUCCCGUGUAGUUUGUAUGGAAUUUUUUUAAAUGACAAAGUGAAACUAUCAAUUUAGAAUACCCAUUAUAAGAAUUGCUUGAUCUUGGCUGCAGCUCAGAAGAUGUGAAUGCUGAUUAUGUAUGGAUGAUGAUAGCCGUGCUGUGUCGAUCAAGAGAGGAUUUUUAUUUUUAUUUUUUAUGUUAUCGAUUUUGUAUGUAUAACCUAAAUCUUAACUUAACUCUUAUCAGCGCGUUUGAAAUUUCCAUUGUUUCAGUUUAAUAUUGAUUUUUUUUUUGUAAUGCAAAAAAUCGAUGUCAUUUAAGUUUAUGCUGACAAAUAUUAUCUUCAAAUUUUAUCAUUCGAUAAGUUUGUUCAACAUGUCACUAAAUGUUCUGUAGAUGAUGUUAGGUUGUCUACCUUCGCAAAUUAAGACAAGGUGAGCAAAUAUUAUUAUUUUUUCUUUGAAUGUGUUGACUAAAGUUUUAAAUUAUGGCGAGCAACUGUAGCGCCGUGGCAUUAGUGACAGGAGCCCCGAGAUGAACCAUCGGUCCAGGCCUUGGCAAGCUCAGUUCAUUUCUCGCUAAAAUCAGAGACGAAUGCGGUGCACCUGCGUAGCUGUGGGCGGUGCCCAAUUCUGGUUACUUUUUAGUAGGAGAUUGAGUAUUAACUUCAAGGUACGCUGCCCAAUUCUGGGUUCGUUUUAGUAAGAGAUUAUUGAGUCUUAACUUCAUGGUUCAGCGCAGUGAAAAAUUACACGGAUUUUAUAAUUUUUGCUGAUAUAGUAUAAACGUUGAAUGACGAACGUUCAACCCCACGGAUGACGAGUAUGGCUGUCAGACAUUUCCAUGGUUUGGGGUACCACAAACCAUGUAACCUCCUCCUCACUACUAUCAAUACUAUACGAGUGUAACUGUAGUUGUUCACGAGUGUCCGCAACUGUAACGCUCGGCGACACAGUUCAAUUACUCACAAUACUUGUACCUAUGUAAUUAUUGAACGUAAUUUAUGACUACGCUAGUGUGACAUAGCACGUCUUGCAUAUUAUAAUUGCUUUCACCUGCAGGGAUGUACAUCUUCGCUAACAUGUUCGGCUGCAGAAUGUACAGCUGCUAUUGCCACACCGUAGCGGUUGUUUCACGUGUGGUAUAAUAAUGCACUUCACUCGUCACGUGUGGCCUAAUUUUAAUAAAUUGCGUCAUGAUUUGUUAUCUCGCCUUCAAUAUUGUGUGGGAACAGUUCCCAUCUUUCUUGUUUCCAACGCCAACUUAUCAGGUUUUGAACCCUGAUGGUAUAUAUAUGCUUUUUGUCCCUGUUUUUUCAUGUUCUAAUAGUCAAUUUAUUGUGUUUUGAACGUCAAAUUUUCAGGUUUUUAACUUCUAUAGUCAUUUCUAAUUUUUGCGAUAAUUAAGUUCACAUUCGCUUGUAUUAUUGAAUCUAAUUAAUUAAUUAAUAGUGACGGCAUCAUAAGUACUUGCAGCGCUGAGUAGUGAUAUAUAAUCUUAUGUUGAGUAUAACUUAGCACAGACACCCGCUCCCGCUUUCCUUCCUUUCUUUGUUCCCUUCUUCCUUCCUUUUUUGAGUCAGCCUUUUCUCCAGUCUCCUUUUCUGUUAAUUAAAUUAUACAAGUUUUUCAGUUUUUAAUAUAAUUUUUAUCUAUUCGCUGCUCCUUUCCUCCCUCCUCGUGACCACCUCGCUGUAGAUAAUCUCUAGGUGACCGAGAAUCUCGGUCUCUUGUUCUAGUAGAUGCCUGCACUAGACGCUCAUAAUACAUAUAGACAUACUCAG